AUGCUCCGGCCGUGGGCUACGCACUGGGUCGUGUUCGUGCUGGUGUGCCGGGCUGUGGCACAGUAUUCUAGUGACCUGUGCAGCUGGAGAGGAAGCGGUUUGAGCCAUGAAGCUCAUCGCAGAGAUGUGGAGCAGGUCUACCUCCGCUGCUCUCAGGGGUCCCUGGAGUGGCUCUACCCCACCGGGGCCAUCAUCGUCAACCUGCGACCCAACACGGAGUCUUCAUCCAGGCGCACGGCUGACGUCUUCGUCUGCAUCAAGCCUCAAACCUUCUCCCAGGGUUCUCAUGUGUACCUGGAGCACCAAGGAGACCUGAGGCUGCUGCUUUCAGACGCCGACCAGGCGCAGGGCGCGGUGCGCUGUUUCAGCCUGAAGGAGGGGGCUCUGUUUGUGGAGGCCGUCCCACAGAGAGACAUCAGCAGGAAGAUCACAGCUUUCCAGUAUGAGCUGGUGCCCAGUCAGGGACCAGGGGCCCAUAUGUACCCAUACCUGCAUCAGGGGCCAGCUGGCUGUGGCACUUUUGGAGAUGCAGCGUCGGGCUCAAACCAGCACCCCGUUGUCACGGUGACUCUGCGUCGGCUGUUCCAGCAGAAGAGCGGCCUGUUUGCGUGGGGCGGAGCCAGAGGACAGGGCUGGAGAGGACGGGUCAGCGUUCCCGCUCCGUGCGUUGUGCGUCCAGCAGAGGACGAGUACCUCCUGACCGGCUCUGUCCACUUUGGUGAGGCGUGGCUCGGCUGUGCGCCUCGCUAUAGAGACUUCUUAAAGCUACUGGUGACCAGGCAGUACCUCACCUCUUGCCUAAUGGCUGCUGGAGACGAGCACCAGCCCUCCAGAGACCCUGCAAAGAUAAGAGAUCCGAGAAGACCUCAACACGCGUCUUGCGCGCUGCUCAGCUCCAAGCCGAGCACUCUGCAGAAACCCAACUCCCCCCUUAACAGCAACAUCCAUAACAACCGGCCCUGGAAACGGCCCAGCUCGGCCUGCCAUCCCCGCUAA